AUGGAAGAUGUCAAUGUUGACAUUGGAAUGCCUCUGAACGCUCGCAAUCUGAAGAGCAUGGGACUUCAGGCUCGUGCUCUUGCCACACAACAACAACCUGAACCAGAAGCUAACACUCCACCACCUGAACAACCAAUUCCACCACCAUCUGAACAUCCCCAAACACCACCAUCUGAACAACCACCAAAUCCACCACCUGAACAACCCACAACACCACCCUCUGAUACUCCCAUCAUAUCACUCUCUGAAAACAUUAUCAUCCAUACCUCUCAGACUCCCGUUGACACCAACCAAACACCACCAACAUCCCCAUCCCCUGACACUGAACCAGAAACGACCUUCCCCCACCCUAGAAGAAUCCGCAACGACUUUAUCAGAGACGCUGGAGAAAGGCUUCAGGCACGAUUGGUCAGAGAGGUAGAGGAAAAGGCCAGAAGAGAAGAAAAAGAGAAAGCUUGCCUAGAAGAAGAGCAACGGGUUAGAGAAGCUGUAGAGAAGGUUGUCGCUGAAGCUGCUGCUGCUGCUGAAGUUGAGGCAAAAGUAAAAGCUGACGCUGAAGAAGCAGCACGCAUAGCUGCGGAAGAAGCUGCAAAGGCUAGCACUGAUGCUCUGACUCAGGGGGAGAAAUCGAACUCUGGCUUCGCUCCUCUGGUCCUAAAGACUCUAGAAGAGCUGCAGAAGGAGCAACAGAUAGUGCAAGCACGGUUGGAUCAUCAGGACUCCGUCAACAACAAUAUUCAGAACCUGCUGACCCAGCUGCUCCAAAGGAUGCCUCUGUCUCCAAACCCUUAG